AUCUUUAAGUUUUAACAAAUCUUUAUUACUAUAGAAAUAGAGUUCUUUUUUUGUAUACAACUAAAUACAGUAAAAUUGUCUUCAUUGGACUGAAUUCUUUGACAUUCGUGAAUUAUUGUAGUUGUGAAUAAACGACGAAAACAAUAGAUUCGACUGUUUAUUUGCUGGAAAUAAGUGUUCAGUUCAAACAUUGUUUAUUUGCUCAUGCAAAAGUUAAUUUACGAAUUACUAAAAUAAAUCUUUUUUGCAAAAGCGGUGCAAAACUUUUACUGCCGGUGAACUGAAUUUUCUGCAAUUAUUUCAUUACAAUGUCUGAGUGUAACAGCGGCGACUUGAAAUUAGAUGCGGCAGUGAACAGCUGGUUAAAACAUGACAAGAACCCAACCACUCGCCAAGAGGUCCUAGAUGACAUUGCCAGCUCAAAAUGGGAGAAGUUAAAGAAGACAAUGCUCCAUCGUCAGAAGUUCGGCACUGCUGGUCCCGAGGGCGCCGGAUACACAUGCAUGAAUGAUGUUGUAGUGUUGCAGACUGCACAGGGUCUGUGCUCAUAUAUUCAGAAGUUAUGCAGUCAAACUCCUUUACAUAACGGGGUUGUCAUUGGUUUUGAUGGAAGGCAUCACAGCAAAAGGUUCGCAGAGCUAACAGCGAAGGUAUUCGUCUCAGCAUCGAUUCCGGUGCAUCUGUUCUCGGCAGUGUGCCCGACGCCGCUGGUAUCGUUUGGUACGAUACUGUACGACGCCGCGGCCGGUGUGAUGGUCACCGCAUCCCACAACCCCAAAGAGGACAAUGGAUAUAAAGUGUACUGGGGGAACGGAUCGCAGAUAAUUUCGCCGCACGAUGAAAAUAUACUGGACGAGAUACUGCAGUGUUUGGAUAUACCAGACGAACACUGGGACAUAUCAGAGAUCCGCUCGCACGAGCUAAUAAAGGAUUGCCACGACGAGGUGACGUCGAAGUACAUGGAGUACAUUCGCGACAGUCUGCAUUCUGACGUGGUGGAGAACAACAGAUCAGCUGCGGUAGACACUGUGUACAGCGCCAUGCACGGAGUGGGAUAUCAAUACGUCGUCAAAGCCUUCGAAACGGCAGGUCUGAAGAAACCGAUAAGUGUGAAAGAACAACAAGACCCGGACCCGGAGUUCCCGACGGUGACGUUCCCGAAUCCCGAGGAGUUGCAGUGCCUGGAGCUGAGCAUGGCAUUAGCUCAGCAACAUAACGUCAGACUCGCGCUCGUCAAUGAUCCCGACGCUGACAGGCUCGCCGUCGCCGAA